ACUUAAAAAAAUAAAAAGGUUAACAUGCAAAAAAAUAAUUCAUAAGUGUACAGCCUGAUGAAUUAUCCAAGAUGAACACACCCAUAUAACACCACCCAGGGCAAGAACUUCACCAGCAGCCCCCCAAACGUUACUCUCCCGCCCCUUCCCAAGUACUAACCCCUUCUCCUCAAAGGGAUCACUGUCCUUCUCACCAUUGAUAGAUUUUGCCUGUUUUUGAACUUUAUAUAACAGAAUCAUCCAGUAGGCACCCUUUGUGACAUGAAAACUUUUUGUAAUCAGAGCUGCCCAGCCCAUAGAUGAAUGAAACUGAGGGCCGAAUCUGGAGGAAGUGCAAGCCCUCCUACCCCCGAAUGGGUAAGUGCAGAUAAGGAUUUGGAUGGUGCAGUCCUGAGAUGCUCCCAUUCCACGGUCCAUUGGCUAAAGAUGUAUAUCAAAUUAUCCUUGUAUAUAAUAACUUGUGGGACACAUUAUAAAAAGAAGCGUUUUCAUCUAUCAUAUAGGCAACAUAUUAAAAUAUGGCGAACACCUAAUUCUGGGGAGGGUGUGGGGAAAAGGACACUUCAUUCACUAUUGUGAAACUAUAUACUUUCAAGGGCAAUGAGCUAAUACCUGGCAAAAUUUUAAAUGGUCAUACUUUUCGGUAGCAAAUCCACUUCCAGAAAUCUAUCCUCCAAAAAUACAGUAACCCUGUACUGUGCCUCAAUUUCUUCAUUUCUAAGAUAAGGAUAAUAGUACCUCAACAUACACACAGUGCCCGCUCCGGAAGCGAUAACUCUUGCCUUUGUUUUCGUAUACUGGGUCUGUUUAUUUGAUGUUUUCCCAAAAGACCAAUUAACCUUCAAAUCUCUAACUUAUUCCUACCAAACAGCACACCACUCAGGUAAAUGAAACUAGAUGAGUGUUUCUCUAAGGGCGAUCCCUGGGCAGCUUGUUAAACUGCAGGUUUCUGAGCCCACGCGGAACCCUCUGAACAGAAUUCCUGCGGAAGGACCCAGACUUGAGCAAAUCCCCGGGGUUUUAUUUCCCUGGAAUCUCAGCCCCGUCCGACUGGGCUGAAGGCGGUGACGAGUGCCGGCCAGAGGGCGGCGCUGUGGCCCCGCCCUCCUGAUUCCAGCUCCCGGAAGGGCAGCUCUAUGCUCGGCGCGACAUUCGCCUCCUCUCUUCCGGUUCCGGUGUCCCUCCCUUCCUCCCUCCCCCCCUGCAGACAUGGCUGCCAUCGUCGCUGCCCCCGGUCCCGGUGCUCCCCUGCCCCCGGACGAAAUGCUUCCGAAAGGCGAUACGGAGAAGACGGAGGAGGAGCUGGAAGAGGAUGACGACGACGAGCCAGACGAGACCCUGUCGGAGAGACUCUGGGGUCUGACGGAGAUGUUUCCGGAGAGGAUCCGGUCCGCGGCCGGAGCCACUUUUGAUCUCUCCCUCUUUGUGGCUCAAAAAAUGUACAGGUUUUCCAGGGCAGCCUUGUGGAUCGGGACAACUUCCUUCAUGAUCCUGGUUCUUCCUGUUGUCUUUGAGACUGAGAAGUUGCAAAUGGAGCAACAGCAGCAACUGCAGCAGCGGCAGAUACUCCUAGGGCCUAAAGGGCUGUCAGGAGGAAUGCCAGGGGCUCUACCUUCACUUCCUGGAAAGAUCUAGAUUGUUACUGCUCUAUCUGACCUGUCUUGGUGGGAAAAGUUGAAAAUUCAAUACUGUUUGAACUGCUGAUUUUUUUCUUAUUCUUUUUGGCACAAAAAAUAAACCUGGUUGGGAAAAUGUCCCGUUCGUUGUCUCAUGGAGACUCCCAACUUGCAGCUGUGCCCUCCAAGCUUUCCUGGCUGGCUUCUCUCCUCACUCUGACACCACAGUGCAUCCAUGCAGAUGGUCACUCCAACUCCGGCCAUCCCCUCACUAAAUCCCUCCUCACCAGAAGGUCUCCUCAGUGUCUGCUUGUGGAGUAGGAACUGAUGCCACUGGAAAGGAUGUACCCCUGACCAUUAACGACGGUUUUGUUUUGACAUGCACUAUAUGAAAUACAAAAUGCAUUACAGCUGGAGUGUAAAAGCAGCCACUGUGAAUUUGUAUGUUGGAAACGAGGGAGGGCCAGCAGCAGUUUUAACCACAGGAUGGGUACUGUGGAGGGCAGAGCAGGAGCUCACGUCCUAUGUGCAUUUUGGCCAUUAGACCUGUGUGUCUAAAAGAAAAAAAAGUCAGUGCUCACUUUUGUAAUUAAAUAUUUAAAAUGAUUCCA